AUGGUAGGUUCCGGCGUUAGCAGAUCUUCGAAGGAAAAACGUGAAAAUUACAGUUCAGCUGUGAGCCGUUUCUGCGGAGGCAUACCGGAAGAACUGGUGCGCCUCGGUAUUGGAAAAUAUGUAGAAGCACUCACGCCUUCUGGAGAGUGUGCCGAUAAAAGUACGGAGAGGAAGAAAGGAAUCGAAAAUACGCUCAAGCACAAUCUUUCCAAUCAUCCGCAGGCGCAUCGGGACGGAGCACAGCCAAUAACGUCCGUGACCACGCUGCAGAGGAAAAGACUCCAGUUGCCGUGCGUUGGAACUAAAGCAGACGGCUCUCGACUCGUCGUGCAAUGUCCUAGAAACGGCCAUACUCGCGCUUCGGAACUUCCUACCUGGUGUAGUGCGCUGCAGCAUCUUAGCGCCCUGCGACUACGAGUGGCAUCCGGACGACUACAAGUGUGCGACAAGCUUGUCGUUCUUGCACCCGACCUCCUGCUGCUGGGAACUACACGCCUGUUCUGUGGGACACGUUUGACAGGCACGCGCUUUUUUCCGCGUAGCUUGCUUGUUCGAGACGUGGACGCCCAUGUUCGCUGCAACACGUAUCACAGGUAUCAACUUACUCUUCGAAGCGGCCUGCUGCCGUUGAAGACGUCUGCGCACUCCCUCCAGGAAAACACGUAUGACAGGUAUUGGCUUCUUUCGAAGUACUCUGCAGUCUAG